AUGUCGGACAUUACAGGAACUUUCCGGAUGGUUUCUGAGGAGGAACAAGCACUACGCACUAAACUUGAGCAUCUUACCACCAAGGAUCACGGGCCAGUGUUUGGCAAGUGUGAGCUGCUGCCCCCUCAUACACUGCAGAAGGCCAAGGACGAAUUGAAUGAGACAGAAGAGAAACGGGUGACAUGUGUGAAAGAGCUUCAAACCCUUGUUCAGGACUCUGCCGACGCAGGAGAGGAGUUCGCCAAGACUGUGCUUGAGAAAACAAAAGACAAAGAUGAUUCUUUCUUCCUGAGAUUUAUUAGAGCAAGGAAGUUUGAUGUGAAAAGAUCUUAUGAUCUUCUCAAAGGUUAUGUGCGUUUCCGUGAACAAUACCCUGAGCUCUUUGAGAAUCUGACACCAGAGGCAGUCCGCAGCACCAUUGAGGCGGGCUAUCCCGGCGUUCUCACAAACCGGGACAAGUACGGCCGCGUCGUCUUGCUCUUCAACAUUGAGAACUGGGAUUAUGAGGAAAUUACUUUCGAUGAGAUCCUACGCGCUUACUGUGUGAUCCUGGAGAAACUUCUAGAGAAUGAGGAGACGCAGAUUAACGGAUUUUGCAUCAUUGAAAACUUCAAGGGAUUCACAAUGCAACAAGCAUCUGGCAUUAAACCCUCAGAACUCAAGAAAAUGGUGGACAUGCUUCAGGAUUCCUUCCCUGCUCGGUUUAAAGCUGUACACUUCAUCCAUCAGCCUUGGUAUUUCACCACCACCUACAACAUGGUCAAGCCUUUUCUGAAGGGCAAACUUUUGGAGAGGGUAUAUGUCCAUGGUGAGGAACUGGAAGCUUUCUUUAAGGAGAUUGAUAUUGAUAUCCUCCCGGAAGAUUUUGGAGGGAGUCAACCCAAAUAUGACGGCAAAAUGAUCGCUGAGAAAAUCUUUGGCAUUGAAUCAGAAGAUACUGCCCUUUAA